AUCGUUAUUAUGAAUUCAGUGUGCAUUUAUUUUAUUAUAAAUAUAUUGUAUUUGUGGAUAACUCUGAGUAACUCGAUGACGCGACAACAACUUAAGAAUUCUGGUAAAAUUAUGAAGAAAUCGUGCAUGCCAAAGAACGAUGUUACUGAAGAACAAGUAGGUGAAAUAGAAAAUGGAAAAUUUAUUGAAGAUCGGAACGUAAUGUGCUACAUUUCUUGUGUUUACUCCAUGUCACAAGUUGUCAAAAACAACAAACUUAACUACGAAGCGGUUAUCAAGCAAGUGGACGUAAUGUUUCCGGCGGAAAUGAGGGAUGCCGUGAAGGCUGCUGCGGCUAAUUGCAAAGAUGUCGGUAAGAAAUACAAAGACAUUUGUGAAGCUUCGUACUGGACAGCCAAAUGUAUGUACGACUUUGACCCGAAGAAUUUUGUUUUCCCUUAA